AUGUAAAUCGAUUUAUUAGAGUAAUAAAUAGUAAAGAAGAAAAGAUCACGAUCAAAUAAGGACAAUGGGGAUUCCAUACCUGCAUUUCUAUUGAAAACCUAUGAAAUAAUAGAUAAUCCUUAAAAUCACGAUAUAAUCGGUUGGAAUGAAGAAGGAACUGCCUUUAUUGUUAAGAAAGUUAAUGAAUUCUCUGACAUCAUCUUGCCUAAAUCAUUUAAGCAUAGUAACUUUGCUUCGUUCGUUCGAUAAUUGAACAUGUAUGAUUUUCACAAAACCAGACAUGAUAAUAACGAAAAUGAAUUCAAGCAUAAAUUGUUUUAAAGGGGUAAAAAGCAUUUGCUAAGUUAAAUCAAAAGAAAGACAAAUGAUGUCAAAGAAUAGAAUUCAUUAAGUUUAAUAAAAAAUGAAUAGGUAAGGACUGGACAAAGUGAAAUUCCAGAGAUUUUGAUGUAAAUGGGAAAAUUAUCAAACAAAUAAUAGGAACUAGAAAAAUUAAUGAAAAUUUUGAUCAAGUAAAAUGAAAAGAUCAUGAAGGAAAACAAAUAUUUAUGGAGCGAAUUAACUAAAAAUAAGCAUAAAAAUGAAAACUCAGAAGAAUAAAUAAUGAAAUGGGUAUUGUAGUCAUUACAAGGAACUAAAUAGAAUAAUAAGCACAAGACUAAUUUCUAAACAAAUAAUUUGUUAAUGUUGAAGUAAACCAGCGAAAAUGAUGAUGAAGUUUAACUUGAAGCAUAAAAUUAAAGAAAUUUUGAAACUGAUAAAUUUUAAUUUGAUUAAUUGCCAUCGCAAAUUAUCAGUUAAAAUUUAGAAUAAUAGAUUGAAAAACUAUCAAAAAAUCAAAUUAUCCAAGUGCUUAUGAGUGCUAUAACAAACAAUUAAAAAUAAGAAAAAAAAAAUACUAUGAAAUUUGAAGAUGACAUUAGCUUUGAUGAUGAGUAUCCAGUUAUGAAGAAAAUAGAUUUAAAACAAGAUAAUUAAGAUAGAAGAUAAGAAAAUCAACUUAUGGUUUAUAGUGAACCCUAUUUUUUCCAUAAAUUAGAAGAUAAUUAUAUUAUUUCAGAAUCGCCUAAUCCAAGUCGCAAAAAUUCUUAUUAUGAUCAAGAUCCUAUUCCUUAAUUUUUAGAAAGUGAAUUAUGA